CACCCAUUGGCCAGCCGGGCCACUGACGUCACCAAAGCGGUGGUCGGGGGCGGGGCGGGGCGGGGUGACUCACGCCGCUUCUCCCGCGGCCGCGGGGGCUUCUCGGGGUCCUCACACACCCUGCGCAGCCCGGACCCGAGCUCAGCCUCCCCGCGGCCCGGCCGCGCCCGGUCCCGAGAGGUAUCAUGAUGUGGGGUGCAGGCAGCCCCCUGGCCUGGCUCUCUGCUGGCCCCGGAAACGUGAACAUGAGCAGCAUGGGGUCCACAGAGGGGCCCACAGGCCCUGCCACACCGCUGCCCUCCCCCACGGCCUGGGACGUAGUACUGUGCAUCUCGGGCACACUGGUGUCCUGUGAGAACGCGCUGGUGGUGGCCAUCAUCGUGGGCACUCCCGCCUUCCGUGCCCCCAUGUUCCUGCUAGUGGGCAGCCUGGCUGUGGCAGACCUGCUGGCAGGCCUGGGCCUGGUCAUGCACUUUGCUGCUGUCUUCUGCAUUGGCUCAGCAGUGAUGAGCCUGGUGCUGGUUGGCGUGCUGGCCAUGGCCUUUACUGCCAGCAUCGGCAGCCUACUGGCCAUCACCGUUGAUCGCUACCUUUCUCUGUACAAUGCGCUCACCUACUACUCAGAGACAACAGUGACGCGGACCUAUGUGAUGCUGGCCCUAGUGUGGGGGGGCGCGCUGGGCCUGGGGCUGCUGCCUGUGCUGGCCUGGAACUGCCUGGAUGCCCAGGCCACAUGCGGUGUGGUCUAUCCGCUCUCCAAGAACCAUCUGGUGGUCCUGGCCGUUGCCUUCUUCAUGGUGUUUGGCAUCAUGCUGCAGCUGUAUGCCCAGAUCUGUCGCAUCGUCUGCCGCCAUGCCCAGCAGAUUGCCCUCCAGCGGCACCUGCUGCCUGCCUCCCACUACGUGGCCACCCGAAAGGGCAUAGCCACCCUGGCCGUGGUGCUUGGCGCCUUUGCCGCCUGCUGGCUGCCCUUCACCGUCUACUGCCUGUUGGGCGAUGCCCACUCCCCACCCCUCUACACCUAUCUCACCCUGCUCCCUGCCACCUACAACUCCAUGAUCAACCCCAUCAUCUACGCCUUCCGCAACCAGGAUGUGCAGAAAGUGCUGUGGGCUGUCUGCUGCUGCUGUUCCUCUUCCAAGACGCUGUUCCGAUCCCGCUCCCCCAGUGAUGUCUAGUCUCAUCCUGGUGACCCUCCAGCCCUGAUCACUACAGAAUUCCAGAAUGUUAGGUCCUCCAGGGCUUUGUUCCAACCCCCAGCUCCACACCCCAAGACCCAGCUGGUUCUGGAGUUCUAGGACUUUGGGUGUUUCACAGGAUUCUGUUCAGAUCCCUGCAGGGCCCAGCUGGCUCCAUGGUUCUAGAAUGUUCCUGUGGUCAGGGUUCCAACUCAGAAAUGUCCCACAGCCCAGAUGGGCUUGGAGUUCCAGUAGGCUGCUGGGUGUUUCACAGUGCCAUUCCAAGUCCCUGACCUUCCCCCUCCCUUGACCUUGACCAUGUCACUUUACUUUUGGGUUUCUGAGCUAAAGAGUCAGAGAGGUUAGUUACUCUGUUGCCUAGAUAAGAGAAAGAUUUAUCUGUAUAUAUGUGCACAUACAAAGAGAAUAUCUAUUUAUUAUUUAUUUAUUAAUUUAUUUAUGGGUGUUAAGGGGAAAAAAAGAGACCCACACCUUGAAAUCCAGGCCAUACCAGGGUACUCCCAGUCCCCAACACCCUCAUUUCUGACCUCAGUUCCUAGAGGGGGAAAAGGGAGAGAGAGAAACCACGUAUUUUGUUAUUAUUUUUGCUUACUUUUUAUCGAAGAGAUCAUAGAAACCAGAGCCUUCUCCCCAGGCCCGCCCCCGUCGGGUUUGCAGGGGGAACACACCAGCCUCUGGUUUUUUAUUUUUUUAAGAAGCCA